GAAAAUGAGAUUUUUUCCUCGGCUCUAGUCCCUCACACGCGUCUCUGUACGUGUGUUCCACUGAACUUCUUCCCAUCCUUCUCCAUCACUCAGAGAGAGAGAGAGAGGAAGAGAGGGAGAGCCAUGGCUUCCGUCCCCAUGUUCUCAACGGUUGGAGGUUCCAAGAUCCCGAGUCAUAUCCAUUCUCCAUAUCUGUCAGCACCACCAUCAUCAUCAGCAUCAAUCUGCUGUCUUCCUACUAGUUCCCACCGUCAUAGGAUUGGCCGGAAAAUUAUGGCGACCUCUGCUGUGCCGGCUGCAUCACCAUUGCAGGCACGUCCGACACCGGAAGAUCUAGCCUCCAAAAUUCUUUCGAAGGUAAUCAAAACUGAUAGAGGUGUCUUGUUGAGCAAAGAUGAGCACAGAGAGGUGGCAGAAGUCGCUCAAGAGUUGGGGAAAUUCUGCAUAGCAGAGCCCGUCAAGUCUCCACUCAUUUUUGGCGAAUGGGAUGUGGUAUACUGUUCAAACCCAACAUCACCUGGAGGUGGUUACAGAAGUGCCAUAGGCCGCCUUGUGUUCAAGGCAAAUGAAAUGGUACAGACUGUUGAAGCUCCUGAUGUUGUCCGAAACAGAGUGGGGUUUUCUGCAUUUGGUUUUAUUGAUGGAGAGGUCUCCCUGAAAGGUAAGUUGAUUGUGCUGGAUGAAAGAUGGAUCCAAGUUAUUUUUGAAGCACCAAAACUAAAGGUUGGCCAACUGGAGUUCCAAUAUGGGGGUCAGAGUGAAGUGAAGCUGCAGAUUACUUAUCUUGAUGAGAAGGAUCAGUGUUCUGCAACUUCUGAAAGUUGGGCUUCUGGGAUUUGGGCGCUGAGAAAUAAGAGCAAAAGAGUGAAAGGACCAUCGUCUUCAUCAUCAAAGCAGUGUCACCACCACUUGAGAGUUCAGACGGCCGUUUUCUCUUGCCAAUACCGGAACGAGCACAAGCAUCACAUGGCCAUCGAGUAAUGUGUGUGUUUUUAUUUUGGCGGCUAUCCGCGAUUCCCGAAUCAGGAGCUUAAGCUUCUCUGAUUUUAGGAAUUACGCCUCUUCUAUAAGUUCAGUCUUUCACGUUCUUAUGAGAUCAGAUCCUAUAUAUUGUA